AUGGAGGUGGAAUAUCCCCCUUCGAACGCAUCGGCCCAGGACGCUUCGUCGCCUUCCGCCACCUCGACCUCACAUAGAGGCUCACCUUCGCUAAUACCGCCGCCUUCUGACUCACGAACGAAUUCAAACGAAGCUACUGUAGGUACAGAUGGCUCGAAAUCAGCACAGUACAACAACAGCCCUCCCGCCGCAGGCACGGCUGCGGAUGCGGCACCGAGUGAUCCCCUCGCUGACCUCAAGCGUCCUCGAGCAUGCGAAGCUUGUCGACAGCUAAAAGUGCGCUGUGAUCCCGACCAAGACCAUCCAGACGGCUCUUGCAAACGUUGUGUCAAGGCGAAUAGACGCUGCAUUGUCACCCUCCCCACCCGGAAGCGGCAGAAGAAGGCAGACAGUCGGGUUGCGGAACUGGAGAAAAAAAUCGACGCGUUGACAGCUACACUGCAGGCAUCAAGAGCGAAGAGCUACCCAUCUGAUUUAAAUGCCUCUGGGCCGCAGCAACAUGUUGAAAGGAGCUGGUCUGGGUCAAGCCGCUGGUCCUCUCAACGGCGGGUCUCAGGCGGUGCGAAUUCAUCAGGCCCCGCUGGAAUGGCUGGAAGCAAGAGGUCGUCAAAUGGGGAUAUUAGGUCGAUACCGGGGAUGAGGCCUCCUGCCAUUCUUCAACUUCCUAAAAGCCCUUCAAGCCAUGCAACUUUUGUCAAUACGUGGUUGCGUGGGGAAUCCCCCAAUAAACACGAGAGCAGCUGGCCGGCAUUUCUACCGGAGUCAUCAGCAGCCCGAGGCCCGGACCAUGAGUAUGCAGAUGUCAUAGACCGUGGCAUCAUCGACCAGGAAACAGCAGCAAAGGCCUUUACACAUUAUGUCGAGAAUAUGGCACCAUUGAUGCCAGCGGUAGUAUUUCCGCGGGACACCAAGAUGGGUGAUGUGCGGCGAGAAACACCCAUACUGUUCCUAUCCCUCCUCUCUGUAUCAAUUGCAUCGUGUGCACCCAGCCUGGAACCGACUCUGACGAGUGAGAUGCAUAAAAUAUUCGCCGACCGUAUUGUUGUCCGUGGUGAAAAGUCGUUAGAAUUGAUGCAGGCUCUCGUGAUCGCUUCUCUGUGGUACAUGCCACCAGAACACUAUGAAGAGCUCAAGUUCUACCUCCUUAUUCAUCUUGCGGCUAUUAUGGGAACGGAUAUGGGCAUGAACCGCCGCUCGAAGCCACAGGCACAAUCAUCAGAAAUCAUAAAGGAACUUAUGAGUAGAAAAGCCAUAUUUGUUGACCCACAGUCGCUUGACGGUAGAAGAGCGUGGAUGGGCUGCUACUUUUUGGCUGUGAAUGCGUCUAUGGGCCUUCGAAGGCCUCUUCUCACCCGCUGGAAUACAUAUAUGGAUGAAUCAGUCAAGCUGCUACUGGAUUCGCCUGAUGCAUAUCCCAGCGAUCGGGCACUUGUUGAAUGGGUCAAAUUAGCCCAUAUCGGCGAAGAGAUCGGCUUCCAGUUCUCUAUGGAUGACCCCUUAACAAACAUAUCCAUAGACGAGCCGAGAGUGCAGUUCGCUCUCAAAGGCUUUGAAACGCGCCUGGAUGAAUGGCGGAAGGAGGUGCCUUCCAAAGUAUACAGCCCCGUAAUGGAACACUAUGAGCAAAUUCUAAGCAUAUAUAUGCACGAAAUCGGCAUGCACGUUGAUCACAACAUCGACGAUUUCAAACCGCCAUUUCUCCCAGGUCUCGCUGAAGAAUCACAGGCCAAUCUUGGGACGGCUGCACAUGUGAAUGCACUUACAGCAUGUCUUACUUCCAUUCACCGGGUCCUUGACCUGUUCGGCACGAUGGAUCGAUCAUUGAUGUCUUGCCUCCCUACCAUACAUUUCGUUCGCACAUCUUAUGCAUGCGUUGCUCUGAUAAAGCUGUACUCCGUUGCCUCAUCACCCGGCAGCCGGCUCGCUAACGUCUUCAGCACUGCUGAUUUCAAAGUCGAGGCCUUGCUUAAUAACCUAAUUAAUCACCUCCAUACCUGCAACGAGGGGAAUCAAAGUCGAGUUGGCCUCAGAUUCUCGCUUAUAAUUGGCAUGCUGAAAGCCUGGUAUGCGAAACGCAAGGAUAAGAAAGCUGACGUUCCUCUUCCGCCCUUUCUCCAGCCACGGGCCUCAAAAUCCGAGAAGACAGCACCCGCGGCCACGGCUACGGGUGUUGACGAUAAGGCGAAUAAGUCGGCUCCUUUGAGAAACUCGAGCACUUCUAAUACCCUUGGGGAGGCUGCUGUGCAAUAUCCCGCAAGUACCGCAACCACCAAGCUGGGAGUGCAGCAAUCCCCCAACAAGGCUGCCCAGAAUAAUAUAUCUCAGCCCUGUGGUACUAAUACACCUGGCCAAGCCAUCGUGACCAGUCCAGGUAAUAUCACUACAACAUCUGCGGCUACUAUUCGUACAUACGGCCCGAGCGGCCUUUCGCAGCCAUCGUCUAGUUCAGGCGAUUGGCCGCCAUUCGUCAGCCAGAACCAAAUGUCGACCAAUCCUUACACUACGACGGCAACCUGCGAGUCCUCAAUGCAACAGCAGUACAUCAAUCCAACCUUUGGGCAAAAUGAAAACUUCGUUUCACAAGCCGGGUUCAAUACUGUACCUACCACAGGCAUGGACCAGCAGAUUCUGACCUGGGGACACGGUACAAUCCCAGACGCAGAUCUAUCCGCAGUGAUGACCUUUCACCCCAGUUUAUGGGAUGAGGAGCUCUUCCAGCUCUCGCUCGAGGGCUUCGAAGGCGUCUUCUAGGACAAUCGGUGAAAGAAACAAACCAAGCUUGUGAAUGUUUCAUACCCUGGGCGAUCGAAUGGAUCUGGUUCGGAGUUUUUUACUCUCAUGUUUCGUUCUCAUUAUCAUUCACUUCCUUUUUGCAUCUUGCUCGCUUUCUUUUUUUGCUCUGUAUGCUUCUGACGUGGCAUUUCGAGCCCGUUGGUUGGUGCUUCUCUCCCAAUCUGCAUGGAAGAUGCAUGAAUCAUGCAUGGGACAUUGGCGAAAUCUUCAGCAUGUUACGCUGCAUUGCAGGGGUGCGUGGUUGACGAUGCAAGAAACAGUACAUAUAUACGCACCCAACUCCCUACUCCAAGGGACUCUCUCCUCAGUCUUACUGGGAUGUCGCGGAGCCGCAGCAUCCCGACUUUCUUUCACUCUCCAUCCUUUGUUCUUUUUACAAUUUCCUCCCUUCUCUUCGGCCGGUGUUUCCGGAGUAUUGAUUGGACAGGGCGUUAUUUUGCAUGUACUAGUAUUACCAGCCGGCUAUUCACCAUUCGCUAUGGAGAAAGAAACCACAAACCCCCUGUCUCCUCCGUAUACUGCC